UUCUGUGAAAUGACAGAACCCUGGAGACGUCUAGGAGCUAGAUGUGUUACAACUAGUGAUACUGAUCCUGUCACUGAAGAAUUGUUUAGAAAAUUUCAAGGUAUCUUAAAUAAACUGACUCCCCAGAAUUUUAAGAAACUUGCAGAACAGGCUAGAGAACUUGAGAUUGAUAACGAGGAGAGGCUAAAGGGAUGUGUGGAUAUCAUUUUUUUAAAUGUAUUCAAGGGACCUAUGUUUUGUGAAGCUUAUGCUCAAAUGUGCCGUGUCCUCUCAUUUAUAAAGGUUGAAAUUGUGAUGCGUGAUGAUGAUGGUGAUGAUGAAUGUAAAAAAGUAAUGAAGGAGACAACGUUUAGAAGAGAACUGCUAUCAUUAUGUCAGAGAGAGUUUGAAAAAGACAAGAGAGACAACAAGGCAAAGGAAGAAAUGCUUAAAGCUAUUGAAAUAGCAGCACCUGGAGAGAAAGAAGAUAAAGAGGCUGAGCUUAAAGAAUUGGAAAAUGUGGCUCAUAGAAAUUCAUUGGCUAAUCAUCGAUUUCUUGGAGAGCUAUUUAAAUUAAAGAUGCUCUCAGAGAGUAUAAUGCAUGAAUGCAUUGUUAGAUUAUUAAGGUCUGAGUGUGAUAAUGAAGCAUUGGAACGCUUCUGUGUACUGAUAACAGUCACUGGCAAAAAACUAGAUCAUCCUCAAGCUAAACAACGUAUGGAUAGGUAUUUUGAAAGAAUCAAUGAAAUAAUUGAAAAGAAAAAAAUAGAGUUAAGAACACGUUUUAUGCUACUUGAUGUCCAGGAUUUGAGAAAAAAUGAUUGGAAACCAAGGAGACAACCUCAAAUACCAAAAACAAUUGAUGAGAUUCAUCAAGAAGCUGAAAUCGAGGCUGCUCGAGAAAAUGAGAUGAUGAUUAAGUCAGCCAAGCAUAAGAAAAAAAGAAGUAGAGGCACUGAACCAGCCAGUCCAAAGGAAAAGAAGCAAACUGAAGCACAGAAGCUAAACGAGGAACUGAAAAUAAUACCUGAACAACUCCUAACUGAGAACAAGGAGCUCAAGGAUGCUGUUACGCAUCUGCAGCAAGAUCACAAAGAAAAGGAUGAGCUUGUCAGUAAAUUGCUAUCAGAAAUCUACAGACUGAGUGAGCAAGUUAGGAAACUUGAAGAUAAAGUUACAGCAUUAGAGAAUAACUGGAAAAUUAGCUAUAAGGAUGUCACGCUAUCUCGUCACAAGCUAGGCAGUGGAGGCUGGGGCGAAGUUAUAAUUGGGAAAUUUCAUGGGCAGCAAGUUGCAGUGAAGCGGUUUUAUGAAUCUAUAAUGAAUCAGAAAAAUAUCGAGUAUUACUUUCAAAUGCUCAAUCGUGAGAUGGCCACAUUGUCUCAGUUACACCAUCCUAAUCUCCUCCAGUUUAUAGGAGCUGUAUUAGAUGAUCCAUCAGGGAAUCCUAUGAUUAUUACUGAAGUAAUGGAUACCUCAUUACGGAGUGCCUAUGAGAAGAAAGAGCUGACCCCUGACCCUGCUUGUAGACCAGUGAUUCUCUCUAUAAUGCGUGAUGUAGCUGUUGGUUUAAGCUACCUACACUGUCUACUUGAUCCUAUUAUUCAUCGUGAUGUCAGCAGUGCUAAUGUACUCCUUGAAUCAAAGGGCCCAGGGAAAUGGAAGACAAAGAUAUCUGACUUUGGGUUAGCAAAAAUGGCACGUUCAGCUACUACAAAAGCAGUAGGAGCCAUGGUUUACAGUGCACCUGAGUGCCUCCAGACUGUGGUGGACUUUGAAGAGUCUAAGCAAUCACCUAAAGCUGACGUUUUCAGUUAUGGGAUAUUGCUAUGUGAAGUGAUAACUUGUCGUUUUCCUGAGCAUCAGAUAUUCCGUGUCUUAUUAGACCAAGUUCGUUCAUCAGGAGGGAGUGGAAGCUCCUUACAUUCUCUUGUUGUAUCUUGUGGUACUAAAGAUCCUGAGAAACGACCAACAAUGAAACAAAUCAUUGAACAACUGGAUCAUAUUUGAGCAUAUUGGUACAUCUACUUGGAUAAUUUGUAUGCCUUACUUUGAGAUUCUUAAUUGUUUGCUAUAACAUCCAAUGCACUGAA